GAGGAGGUGAAGGGUGAAAACUCGGCCGAGGACACAGCAGCACCAUGGCACCUAUCGGAUUAAAGGCGGUGGUCGGUGAAAAGAUUAUGAACGAUGUGAUCAAGAAGGUUAAGAAGAAGGGAGAAUGGAAGGCUCUGAUCGUAGACCAGCUGAGCAUGAGGAUGCUGUCUUCCUGCUGCAAGAUGACAGACAUCAUGACAGAGGGCAUCACAAUUGUGGAGGACAUAAACAAGCGACGAGAGCCUCUUCCAACUCUGGAGGCAAUUUACCUGAUUACCCCCACAGAGAAGUCUGUGCACACCCUGAUUGCAGACUUCAAAGACCCCCACUCAUCCAAAUACAAAGCAGCCCACGUCUUUUUCACUGACUCCUGCCCCGACCCUCUUUUCAACGAGCUGGUGAAGAGCCGCGCUUCAAAAACCAUCAAGACUCUGACGGAGAUCAACAUCGCCUUUCUGCCCUACGAGUCUCAGGUGUACUCUCUGGACAACCCAGAUGCCUUCCAGAGUUUCUACAGCCCCCAUAAGACCCAGCUGAAGAACCCAGUGAUGGAGAGGCUCGCUGAGCAGCUGGCCACUUUGUGUGCCACCCUGAAGGAGUACCCUGCUGUCAGAUACCGAGGGGAGUACAAGGAUAAUGCCACCCUUGCCCAACUGGUGCAGGACAAACUGGAUGCCUACAAGGCAGAUGACCCCACCAUGGGAGAGGGUCCAGAUAAGGCCCGUUCCCAGCUGAUCAUCCUGGACAGGGCUUUUGACCCUGUGUCCCCUGUCCUCCAUGAGUUGACUUUCCAAGCUAUGGGCUAUGACCUGCUCCCCAUUGAAAAUGAUGUCUACAAGUACGAGACAAGUGGCAUGGGCGACUCCCGUGAGAAGGAGGUCCUCCUGCAUGAGGAUGAUGACCUCUGGGUUGGCCUCAGACACAAACACAUAGCGGAGGUGUCCCAGGAGGUGACUCGCCAGCUGAAGGAGUUCUCCUCCAGCAAGAGGAUGAACACUGGCGAGAAGACCACAAUGAGAGAUCUUUCCCAGAUGCUGAAGAAGAUGCCCCAGUACCAAAAGGAGCUCAGCAAGUACUCCACUCAUCUGCAGCUUGCUGAGGAUUGUAUGAAGCAUUACCAGGGAACAGUGGACAAGCUGUGCCGUGUGGAACAGGAUCUGGCUAUGGGCACAGAUGCCGAGGGAGAGAAGAUCAAGGAUCCCAUGAGGGCUAUUGUGCCCAUCCUGCUGGAUGCCAAUGUCAGCACAUAUGACAAGAUCCGUAUCAUCCUGCUCUACAUUUUCCUCAAGAACGGCAUAACGGAGGAGAAUCUGAACAAGCUGAUCCAGCAUGCCCAGAUCCCCCCUGAGGACAGUGAGAUCAUCACCAAUAUGGCCCACCUCGGCGUGCCCAUCAUCACAGAUUCCACCCUCCGCCGAGGAAAGAAGAUUGAUAGGAAGGAACGUGUGAGCGAGCAGACCUACCAGCUGUCCCGCUGGACACCACUGGUCAAGGACAUCAUGGAGGAUGCUAUCGAUGAUAAACUGGAUACCAAGCACUACCCCUACAUCUCUACUCGCUCCUCCGCUUCCUUCAGCACCACUGCAGUCAGUGCCCGAUACGGUCACUGGCACAAGAACAAGACACCUGGAGAGUAUCGCACCGGCCCACGUGUCAUGGUCUUCAUCAUCGGCGGCGUGUCCUUCAGUGAGAUGCGUUGCGCUUACGAGGUCACACAGGCCAAUGGGAAGUGGGAGGCCAUUAUUGGUUCCACCCACACGCUCACCCCCACCAAAUUCUUAACGGACCUGCAGCACCCUGACUUCCGAGAGUCCACUAGGGUGUCCUUUGAGGACCCCGACCCCUCAGACGAGUGAGGCAGAGAGAGAGAGAGAUUGGGAGGGAGGGAGAGAGAAAUCACACUGAAAAAAGAUCUACCCACAUCUUCACCCCUACCAGUCUCCUGGAACAGCUCAAGGCCAUGAACAAACCAGACGAGGAAGUGACAAGCUAAAAUCUUCUCUAAUCACAUCUCUCUCCUCGCGUUAGCCCUCCCCCGUGCCCGUCUUUCCUCCCGACGACCCCCCCACCCCCUCCCCAACGAAUCCCACAUAAUUGUGUAUGCAUCUUGCUUGAGAAGGGAAAAAAAACAGACAUCUUAGAUGAAAAAAAAUAUAUAUAUAUAUAUGUUGUAACAAAGAAUAAAAUCGUUGCAAGUAUUCUCAUGUUUUACAAUGGAUGCAACUAAACAAAACUUAUUUAAAGAGGUUUCAGUAUCAACAAAACACCAUUUAAAACUGGAAAUACCAAAUGUAAUAUUGUAUGCUAUGAUACCUGCUAGAAUGUGUAAAAGGUAGAGAUUUCCGUUCGUUCCUUUGGGUUUUUUAUCUUCUCGGUGUGACUUUUCUUGGUAGUGGGUGGAGGAGGGAUGUGUAGUUUGCAGGGUUGACGUAGUUAAAACAUCACACCACUCAACUCGCAGUGUGUUUGGUCAUAGGAGGAAGUUGCUGUUUGAGGUGUUCGUGUCGGUGGCAUGCUUGGACCCGUGUAUGUGUUCAGUGUGGCUGUUCUGCGACUCAAGAGUCAGCGUUGUGUUUUUGCUGGGGAACGGGAGCUAAAGGUACACCUGUCAGACCACCAGUCGGUUCAGGUCUUGAGGUUUUGCUCUUGUUCAAAAAAAAAAGAAAAAGAAGCCAGGCUCAUCCCUCCUCCGGCCUCGAGACUGGAAGUAUUUACUCGCCAAAACUUUUUAUUUAUUUACUUUUUUGUUCCUUUCUCCGGAGAGAUUUCACGUUUUAGUGUCAAAGAGGCCGUUGCUUGCAGAUGUUUAAAAAAAAAAAAGAAUAAUCUUUCAAAGGGCCGGUUGUAUUUCAGUAUUGUAUCCUGUCAGGUUAAGUCUUCUCAUUGGUUAGUAACGAUGUUUAAUCGGGCCAUGCACUGAGUAGUGUUGUGUAUCUGCCAUACGUUGCUGUUUUAGCGUCUCACUGUCGACUGGUGACAUUUCUGACUGUGAAGUAGUGAACCAUUUCCUUUAAAAAACAAAAACCCCAAAAAAACAACAACAAAAAAAAAACGCCAAUGUGAAGCCACCGUGUUUGUGAUGUUUAGCUGUAGCUGUUAGUUGUCAACUGGGGAAAAAGAAACUUAAUAUCUAUAUUUUCUUUGUCCGUCCCAUAGUUUUCUCUUCUGGUGCAAUGUAAAUUCCUCUAAUGGUGAAUGGCUUUGCAAAGAAAACGUAAACCCCACUUCUUUUUUUGGGGGGGGAUUUUUAUUUCCUCUCUCUACUUCCUCCUCCUCCCUCUUUCCCUCGCCACAACGAGUUGUAUAUUGCACUAUGCGUUUUCCGUGAUGCGAACGCUUGAUUUUUUUGUGUUUCUUCUUUUUCUAUUAUCAUUUGCCGUUAUAUAGGUUGAUUUAUAUCAAAAGUUAUUUAUCAAAAAAGAUGUUAAUAAAUGAAACAUUGAGUCUGUCCUAAACCUGUUUAACUUAUUGGGGUUCUAUGUUUGCGAGUGUUGAAGCACAAAGAAUACUUCCAUAUGUACCUAUGUACUACUGAGACCGUCUUAAUAAAUUGGCUUCCAUUACAAAGACUCAGGGUUUCCUUGAUCCGCUCCCCGCGUGUCAGCCACGCCGUUCUAGAUUGUAAGAGCAACUUGAAAGGAGGGUGACACCAAGACCACGUUAGCUCUGAUAUUUAAUUGCCUUCAGGGGAUCAGUAGAAAUAACUUCCUAGAAAUAUUAUUACUACAGUCAAAAAUAUCACAACCCGUAAAGAUAUAAAAGUACAAAAGAUUUCGACAGUAGAAAAAGAAAAAGGAACAAAACCAUAUUUCACGGCACCUCCCAGAGAUCAACAGUGGUUGUUUGUGCUACAGGCAAAAAUCCAACUUUUUUUAAGGGGGGGGGGGGAUUUUUCUCCCAUGGCCAUUUACCCCACUCCUCCGAGCCGUCCCGGUCGCUGCUCCACCCCCGCUGCCGAUGCAGGGAAGGCUGCAGACUACCACAUGCCUCCUCCGAUACAUGUGGAGUCACCAUCCGCUGCUUUUCACCUGACAGUGAGGAGUUUCGCCAGGGGCACGUAGAGCAAGGGAGGAUCAUGCUAUUCACCCCAGUUCCCCCUCCCCCCCGAACAGGUGCCCCGACCGACCAGAGGAGGCGCUAGUGCAGCGAUCAGGACACAUACCCUCAUCCGGCUUCCCACCCGCAGAUACGGCCAAUUGUGUCUGUAGGGACGCCCGACUGAGUCGGAGGUAACAGGGAUUCGAACCAGCGAUCUCCGUGUUAGUAGGCAACGGAAUAGACCGCUACCCGGACGCCUCCCCAAAAAUCAACGUUUUGUAUAUAGAAAUCUUAUGUAAGAUCACAUUUACUGAGCUCUCACCACAGACUCGCUUUGAUGCUGAAAAUGCUCCAUUAAAUGUGAAGCUAAGGUCUGAAUGGAUGACGUAGACCGGCAUCAUUUGAUGCCUAUGGCAAUAUAUAUAACAAGCCUUCUAACACAAGUUACUGCCAUGAAGCCUCGUCUAUAUAAUCUGACUGACCUUGUUAUUAUAGCUGAGUAAAGUCUCACCUACUUCCACCAAACUAUUGUGUUAAUCACUUAACGUACCCCCCCCCCACCCCAUUUUCUCCCCAGUUGUAUCCGGCCUAU